ACACAUGCAAGUUCUUGCCUAUUGUCUGAAAUCCUUUUAAAGUCUAUUUGUUUUAUAUACUCUAAGCAUUUCCUACUCAAGAUUAAGAGAAAUGAGGAAGAUUUUCUUGUUAGGUUUUGUGGUCACAGGACUGAUUCUUGUGACUGAGGCAAUUGGGUAUCUAGAGUUCAAUGUCACAGAGUUAGAUCACAUUGAGGAACUAGAGUAUGGUGUCUCCAAAUCUAUCUCCAGUUUCAACCCAUUAAUGGUUGGCCUCACACUUAUCACUGGAGCUGGUGCCAAAGGAGCUGUUUGUUUGGAUGGAACAUUGCCUGGAUAUCAUUUACAUCGUGGGCAUGGUUCAGGAGCCAAUAGCUGGCUAAUUCAACUAGAGGGAGGAGGAUGGUGUGACAACGUAAGGAACUGUGUAUACCGGAAGAAGAGUCGUCGUGGAUCCUCUAACUAUAUGGAGAAACAGAUACAGUUUACAGGCAUACUUAGCGAUAAAGCUCAAGCAAAUCCAGAUUUUUUCAACUGGAAUAGAGUCAAGCUUCGUUACUGUGAUGGUGGUUCCUUCAGUGGAGAUAGUCAGGACAAGGCUGCAGGGCUUCAGUUUAGAGGAGAGAGGAUAUGGAGAGCAGCAAUGGAUGAUUUGAAGGCAAAGGGAAUGCAAAAUGCCAAACAGGCACUUCUAUCUGGAUGCUCUGCUGGUGGUCUAGCAGUGAUUUUACGCUGUGAUGAAUUCGGCAACUUUUUUUCAAGAACUACCAAAGUCAAGUGCUUAAGCGACGCAGGCUUGUUCUUGGACACCCCUGAUGUGUCCGGUGGCCACACCAUUAGGAAUCUAUAUAACGGCGUUGUGCAGCUGCAGGGAGUGAGGAACAAUCUACCACAUAUGUGCACAGACCAUCUCAAUCCAACUUCUUGUUUCUUCCCUCAAAACUUGAUCAGUGAGAUGAAAACCCCUCUCUUUAUUGUCAAUGCAGCAUAUGAUAUUUGGCAGGUUCAAAGCAGUCUAGCUCCACCAAGUGCAGAUCCUAGUGGUUAUUGGCAUGAAUGCAGAUUAAACCAUGGAAGAUGCACUCCAGCACAGAUACUGUUCUUGCAAGGGUUUAGAGAUCACAUGCUGAGAGCUGUGAGCGGAUUCUUGAAUGCAAGAAAGAACGGUUUGUUUAUAAACUCAUGUUUUGCUCAUUGCCAAACCGAAAGGCAAGACACUUGGUUCGCUGAUAAUUCGCCUGUUAUAAACAAGAAGGCGGUGGCGACAGCGGUUGGAGAUUGGUAUUUUGAUAGGGCAGAAGUUAAGCUAAUAGAUUGUCCAUACCCUUGUGAUAGUAGCUGCCACAAUCUUGUCUUCAGAUGAGUGAAUGACCUUCUCAUACUUUCUUUUUCUUUCAUAUCUUAGUGAUCCUUUUGUAUUCUUUUACUUCAAUAAUUCUGUUUGCAAUACUUAAUAAUAUACGGAAAAUAUGUUUUGUGAUCACAUUAACAUUGGCUUGAGCUUGAAAGGCAAGUCCGAAAAUAGUGAUGUGUACUAGUG